AUGGCGUUCACCGACGAUUAUAAGGGCGACAAGGCCGUGGAGGCCCACGGCAACACCAAGUUGCACGUCAUCCACACCAACGACAAGAAGCAGAUGGCGAUCUCCCUCACGCAGUACGAGCGGCACCUCAGCCUCCAGGGCCACAAGAUCGUCGACAUUGAUCUCGAGUACAACAACGAGCCUGAAGUGACGCAGAAACCCGCCCUCUGCCAGCUCUCGAUCGGCAAGAAUCACCCGAUGCUGCUCUUCCAAAUGAGCGCCACUGAAAGGUGCACCGUCUUUGACAACUUCCUCGCCGACCCCAGGUACACCUUUGCAGGCUUCUCCAUCGACGGCGACAAAACCAGGCUACAGCGCGUCAAUCUAGAGAAGAACAUCACCAACAACGAGCACAGGUGCUGGGCCACCCUGCCUCUGUCCAUGAGGCACAUCGAGUACGCGUCAAAGGACGCCUACACAGCAACAAACACGAGAGAGCAGAGGAGUGUCAUGGCGGAGGCACUUCUGUACAAGCAGCACCGCACGUACACCAGGGAGCUCCACGACGUCCACCUCCACGGCAACCACAAGCUCCACGUCAUUUGCACAAGCAAGGGUAAAGGCAUGGACAAGAUGUUGUCCACGUUUAGGAGUAAGCUCGACGGAAUGCCCGUCAAACUAGUCGGCGUUGAUGUCGAGUACACGCACUACGUGAAGCCACAACGGGCAGCAGUGCUCCAGCUAUGCGUAGAGAAAGAAUGCCUUGCCUACCACAUCUCUGCAGCUAAAGAUAGGCCAAUGGAACUAGACAAAUUCCUCAUGAAUGGUGAGUACACCUUCGUCGGAUUCGCUAUUGAAGGAGACAAAAGCAAGCUGAAGGUAUCUGGUUUGGAGAUCAAUUCCGACAACUCCAUUGAUAUUCAGGUGGAAUGGAGAGACCCAUAG